AGUAGUAUAAUAUACCGGAAAGUGUUGGUUUUGUUUUAACUGAGAAUCAUAUAAAGUUUAAAUUGUGCCAUUAAAUUACCCCCUCUCCAAUUAUUAUGUCUAAAUUGGGAUAAAAUAAAAACAGCUCAGAAGUGUUUGCGUCCAUAUAUUAUGUGAUACCCUAAAAAAAAUUGGUUGAGAAUGUCUGCUGUAAGGACGUGCCCUGGCCUAUACUGCGGACGUACAAAACUCGAUGAUGGGAUGUGGAGUGACUGUGGAGCUUGUCCUCGUGGCUUCCGUACCAAUGAAUCUAGCUACUGCAUGCCUUGUGCUGAUGAACCCACACUAUACGAUUGGCAGUAUCUAGGUUUUAUGGUGUUGCUUCCCAUGGUGCUGCAUUGGUUUUUCAUUGACAUGGUUGCAGUAGGCAAGGGAAAAGAUGGUGUUAUAAUCCAGCACAUCUGUGCUUUUAUAGAGGUGGUUUCUGGCACACUUGCUGCUCUUUUGGUUUUGCCACCAACAGGAUCUAUUGCUUUAGAAGUUUGCUCCCCAACAGCUCUGUCAGAUUGGUAUACACUACUGCAUAAUCCUCAGCCUGAUUAUAAAGAAACAUUGUAUUGUACUCAAGAGGCAGUAUAUCCUUUAUAUACAAUAGUGCUCUUAAUAUAUGCAUUUAGUUUGCUAAUGACUCUAUCAAUAAGGCCAUGGUUGUUAGCCUGGCAUUCUUCAAGUCCAGGAAAGAAAGCAAUCUAUUGUGCAUUAUAUUUUUAUCCAAUUCUUGUUCUAAUACACACAGUGGCUGCUGGUCUUAUAUAUUGUUCAUUUCCUUACAUAAUAAUUAUAAUAUCAAUGAUGACAUCAGCAUCGCACUUCUCAAUAAAGAUUGAUCAAACAGCUCCAGCUCUGCUGAUAUCCUCCAUGACAAACACACGGAAUCUUAUUAUACUUGUUGGUCAUUGGUUGGUGCAUGCCUAUGGCAUAAUAUCACUAACAGGCUUUAAAGAAUUAUGGUAUCUGUCAUUAGUUCCGGCUCCUGCAUUGUUUUACAUACUUACUGCUCAAUUCACAGACCCAAUGAAGAUACAUAAUGAUUGACAAGCACCAAAGGCAUUUGGAAAGUUGGUUUUGAAUUGACAGUUUGCAUUAUGACAUAUGCAAGCUAAGUGCAAAGACUUGACAAGAAACAGUGUUUAGUGUUGACACAUGUUGGAUGUAUAGUUGGUUAGUUUGGCAAUGAAGAACUUUAUUAGAGAAAAUUUAAAAUUUAUUAAGUCAAGAG